UUGUUGCAGCACGAGAGACGGCCAUGUGACUACCUUGAAGACCAAGUCGAGAUCGACGCUAACAUGAGGGCUGUCCUGGUUGAUAGGAUACUUGAUGCACACGACAGGUUCAAAUUGACGCCAGACACUCUCUACUUGACCAUAUACAUCAUGGAUCUGUACAUCUCGCUGCAACCAAUCCUGCAAUGGGAGCUGCAGCUUGUUGGUGUUUCAGCUAUGCUGAUCGUCUGCAAGUACGAGGAGACUUGGGCCCCAGAGGUGAGUGAACUCAUCUUUAUAUCAGGCUAUCCAAGGGAACAGAUUCUUUCUAUGGAGAAGGCGAUUCUGAAUAGGCUGGAGUGGAACUUGACUGUCCCUACAGUAUACAAGUUCCUUCUCCGUUUUCUGAAGGCGGCAACCUUGGGUAACAAAGCUGAGAAAGAGAUGGAGAAUAUGGCCUUCUUCUUCGCUGAAUUGGCGCUGCUGCAAUAUGACUUGGUGACGCGCAUGCCUUCCCUGGUUGCAGCUUCUGCUGUCUAUGCAGCCAGGCUCACUCUCAACAAGGCUCCACUUUGGACCGAAACCCUCAAGCAUCACACAGGCUUCAGAGAGUCAGAGGCAGAGCUAAUGUAAGAUUCCA